AUGAACAGGAUACGACUAAAACUGAUCGCUAUCCUCCAGGAAGCUUCUCCACCGGGGAUCAUGGGAAUAGACGCCAUCCUGAAGGCGCAGGAGGAAGCCCGCCUGGCUGAGGAACUCGAGAGACAAAAGAAGGAGAGCCGUCGUCUUGAGGAGGAUGAUGAUUCGGACACAAGAUCGUCAAGCGAUAGCGGGGAUGAUGAAAAGGACGGGGCAACGGACGGAUCGAUGGGGUCGACAGUAACGAGGGGAUAUGUUCCCUCGCCUGGGCUUGUGCACCAUAUCAUCCCGGGGACACAGGCUACGCCGAUGGAGAUGUCGGCGUAUCUGCAGCAUGUGUUUGAGCAGACGUUGGAUGAGAUCGCGCUCAAAGAAUCGAUCCUGGAGGCACUGGAGACGAUAGCGGUGCUGAAGGACUCGGGCGCGGAUGAGUUGCCGCCUUUGCUGGAUCAGCAGUUGACGAAUAUGGUCCUACUCUGGGAGUUGGAGCCGUAUCUGGAGACGGCGCCUGAGCGGAACCAAGUCGAGGAAUCGUUGGGCGUGGUCUCAUGGCAGAUGGAGAAUGUGAAAUAA